CAAUUGGUCAUGUUCACCAAAAAACGACAGAGUCAAGAGUGGAGAAGGCGUCCCGGUUCUCAACUCCUAAAUGAACCGUAAACAUUGUGCAGUCGCUUUGUUUACCCGUGCUCUUGUUUUUUGUCCACCCAUAUGAGGUGGGCCCGCUCUGGAGCACCAAUGUGUUUAAUCCUUUUAUCUUCAUAUUGGAGUGGAAACCCUUAACCAACCUUAAACCUUAAAAAAAAACACAGAUUCAGUGGUUCAAGGUGAAAGCAGCCUACUCACACUUAGCCACAGAAAUAUUUGGGUUGUUUUUAUUAUGACUACACAAACGUAUGUGUAUUUUAAACUAAAAUGCCUUAAACAUACUGUACACACCAUACAAUACGUACAUAUACAUAUAUAACAGGCCUAUAUUAAUGUAUAUAUAUAUAUAUAAAACUGCUUUCUCUUACCAAAAUCCUACUCUAACCCCUCCUUUUCCCGCCAAACAGCCUUGGGGGUUCGAAUUCUGCCCUUCUCUGAUAGGGCGAAUCAAUGUAUCCAUGACAACCGUUGCUCGGGACGACAAGGGAUGCUCGAGGUGCUGCUGCAACAACGGUGCGCAAUGCGGCAGCGCGUACCGCCCAUUGAUUCACCCCAGAAAACGCUCAUUUUAAAGUGUUUUUAUUGGAGGGGGGGGGGCAGGAUGAAAGCUGAUGUGCGGCACACGAAGCGAGUUACUUUAUAUAAAACAUAACAUGUAGCAGUUUUACACUAUAAUCGUAGGCAGCGGCAGUAUGUAACGAGACACACACACACACACACGCACACACACACACAACCUGACAACGCUGCAGUUCACACAUUAACCGCCAGAUGGCAGCAUCGACCUCUGAAUGUGUGUACGAGGAACCGGGAAAGAAACAUUACAAAUGCAACAACAUUUAUUGCACCAGAGACAGGACGUUAAGUGUCUGCUGUUUGCCACAUUACACCCACAGAAAGAGCAACGCUACGGAGUCGCGUUCAAGCCUCAAGAAGACCCGCCUGAACUUUUUGUUUCUGUCUCCGGACAUUUUGUCGAUAAAGUUUUGAAUUUGAACCGUCUCCUUGCUGCAAAACAAAUGAUGGCGGCCGAUCAAACUGUGCACGGAGUUCCUCCAUCACUGUCCGCCAGAGUGGUUGGGUCGUUUGCUUAUUUGACUGUGAGAGACAGAUUGCCGACCAUCCUGACCAAAGUUGUAGACACGAUACAUCGCAACAAAAACAAGUUUUUUGAAGAAUAUGGAGAGAAGGGCAUCGAGGCAGAGAAGCAAACGAUAGCUCUGCUGUCCAAGCUGAGGAAUGAGCUGCAAACUGAUAAGCCAGUACUACCAGUGACCGACGGCCUGCAGGACACAGAGUCCUGGAACCGGUACCUGCAGAGGCAUCAGAGGCUGCAAGAGGACCAGGAGUCUGUGAGCUGGUUCAAGUCCCCGUGGCUCUAUGUGGAGUGCUACAUGUACCGCAGGAUACAGGAGGCCAUCUGGCUCAACCCGCCCAUCAGUGACUAUGACUACUUUAAUGAGGCGAAGACUCAAAGUUAUUUUGAGUCUCAGCAGGCUGUGAUGACCUUAUGUACGUACGUGGAGGGUGUCAACAAGAACAUGGAGAAACUCUCCAAGAAUCAGCUGUUUGAGCAUUUUAUCAAACUGCUACAGGUUUCUCUAUGGGGGAACAAGUGUGAUCUGUCUAUCUCUGCUGGCCAAGAAAACUCACAGAAGAUCAGUCCAAUAGAUUCCCUCAACAGCCUCCAGCCCUUCAUCCUGGUGAAUGACUCCAACAUGGUAUGGUCAACUCUUCUUGCUGCCCAGAAGCCAGGCCAGCCAGGCAGAGUGGAUGUUGUUCUAGACAAUGCUGGCUUUGAGUUAGUCACUGACUUGGUCUUAGCAGAUUUCCUAGUUUCCUCCGGUCUUGCACGUGAGGUCCAUUUUCACGGCAAAUGCUUCCCGUGGUUUGUCUCCGAUGUCACGGCCAGCGAUUUUAAGUGGACCAUUCAGCAGACGAUGGCGGCCAAUCACAAGUGGAUGUCUAAGAGCGGUGCCCAGUGGCAGCGCUACCUGAAGCAGGGCGUGUGGUCCUAUCACGACCAUCCUUUCUGGACACAGCCCCAUGAGUUCUGUGACAUGGCAGCUGAUGCUCCCGACCUGUACGCGACCCUGCAGGGGGCAGACCUGGUGCUGUUCAAAGGUGAUCUCAACUACAGAAAGCUGACGGGGGACAGGGACUGGGAUCACACAGUGGGCUUCGAUACUGCGCUGCGAGGUUUUGGGCCUGCGCCACUCUGUAGCCUGAGGACUCUCAAGGCCAACGUUCAGGUCGGUCUGCAGCCAGGUCAAGGGGAGAAGCUCGCCUCCCAAGAUCCAGACUGGAUGACCAGUGGCAAGUACGCGGUCAUUCAGUUCUACAGCCCAAAGUCAGAACAGUAAGACCGACCUCAGGAUCUCGCUGGGAAGAUGUGGAUUCAUAUACAGGACUUACCUUUAAGCCAUAAGACCAUUAAGUCACAUGGUGUUUUUGUUCCUCUUCGUCGGUUAGCACUUGUCAUCAUGUUUGAUACAGAAAUGCACAGAAACAAAUGUUAUAUAAAUAUUUUCACUACAGAUUUGUAUCAUGUCAUAGUUUGAAAUGUUAGCACUUUUAGAUCCAAAUUAUUCCCCACGAUUUAAAGACAGCGAUCGGUUACGUUGACAAAUGUACCCUCAGAGGUGACAAAUCAAAGCAGAUAGCUUAUGUGUCGUGCAUCUUUUUUUGUUGCGAGUAGCUUACAUGUUGUGCACAAAAGUCAUAAUGUUUACAGGUUGAUAUAGAUGCUGUUAACAAUUAUUGAGUAAGAAUUAGACUUUAUAAAUCUCCAUCCUAGAGCAGCAAUAUUUUAGUUUUUGCAUGCCGUUGAGGAGAGUGACGAUAAACGUAAUAUAUUAAUUUUAUUUUAAUUCAGCUCAGGUUGUUUUACUGUUGCACUCAGUGUUAUCGAUAUGCAUGAAUCAAAACAUGCACAUAAAAAAAAAAAAGAAUCACUUAAGGCAGAACAUAACAUCAUUUGAUAGCGGCUCAGUUUAAAAGAUGGCAGACUGUUUUUGGGGCAGUGUAACAAUAACAGUGACAAUGUGUGCUUGUUUUAUUUAAAAUGGCAACCCAGACCUCUGUAUCUUCAUAGAUAAAAGUGGACGUCUCUGUGUACACCGUUAUGUCAUCUAAAGUGUAAGUGUCAGUACUUCAGAGGUGAUGUUAACUGGAUUCUUCUCAGUGCUGCUGGGGGGAAUGAUAUCAUUUCCACUAAUGGGUUGAAUUUAAUAAAGAACUCCAUUGACUGGCA